GCAGCUACCGGGAGCCAGGCACAUCCAGCUGCUCACUGCACCCAAGGGUGCCAGUCAGGGACACGGGGCUAGGCAAGGCCAUCAGGCAUCCUGCCAUGGGGGCAACGCCAAUGCCAGGGACUGGGGAGCCCCCACCGCGUGGGUGGGCAGCCACGGGUGGAUGGAGGGGUCCCAGCGUCCUGCUGGCCCUACUGCUCCUCCUGUGCCCACUGCCUGCUCCAGCGUGUCCCCACACCUGCCACUGCCAGGCAGGGGACGUGGACUGCCACCAGCGUGACCUGCACGAGGUGCCGCGGCUCCUGCCCACCAAUGCCAGCACCCUCUGGCUCGACUACAACCUCAUCGCCGUGCUCAGGGCCUAUGCUUUCCCCUCCCUGCCGGUGCUGCUGCGGCUCAGCCUGACCCAUAACCGCUUGGAGAAGAUCCACAGGCAGGCGCUGCUGGGACUCGGGACGCUGCAGGAGCUGGACCUCAGUGACAACUACCUGUCUGUGCUGAGCCCCGAGACCUUCCUGCCCCUCACCAGCCUGUCUAUCCUCAAUUUAGGCUACAACAGGCUGGAGCAGCUGGAGGCAGGUGUGCUACCUGCCCUGCCUCAGCUCCAAGUGAUCUUCCUGAAUGGGAACCCCUGGAUGUGCUCCUGCAGCAUCCUGCCCCUCUGGCGCUGGCUGGAACACAACAGGGAGAAAGUGCCAGAGAGGAGUUCUCUCCGGUGCAUGUUCCCAAAGUCACUGAACACAUACCCGAUCAUGGCCUUUGGGAAUGAUUCCUUCCAGCAGUGUCAGAAGAUCCCGCUGUCAGCCCAGAACUACGCUGCCUUUCUGCUCAUCGGUCCCUUCUCCUUCCUGGCCAGCAUCUUCUGCUGUACCUUGAUAGGCUCCAUCGUGGUUAUUUACCAGCAUCUACGCAAGGAACCCCAAAGCUGGAGGAGAACCCUCAGCACUGCGUGUCACUGAGUCAAGGCCACCAAGGGCAGAGGGGACCUUUUGCUGAUCCUUUUCCUUUGGCUCACCCCCUCGUGCCUCAUUCCAUGCAUUUGAGUGUGUCCCAUUUACCUCCUUGUGUCUUUCAGUGCUCUCAUCACCCUCCACCCUGCAUUCAGUGACUCUCAGCAAUCCUUCACACAUCCCUCCUGUCCCAUGGUUUGGUUUUUGGUGCAUCCACAUGCCAUCUGUUUGGCUUUAUGUGUGCCCCAGGUAUCUGUGGGUCUACCAGUGCAUUUGAGGACCUUUUGGGGCAACCCAGAGCCUCCAUCCAUGUGGCAGAUGGAAGUAGAAUCAUGGAAUCAUGGAACCAUUUGAGUUAGAAGGGUUCUUUAAGAGCAUUUGGUCCAAAUCCCCUGCAAUG